CAUUUCCCAGAAGCCCACGGGUCCGUUUUCCGUUAUACACUGGUCCACCAGCAUUCACGCCACAUCUAUCUAAAAGUUAAUUUCCCCCCACAAAGACCCAACAAUGACGGAGCGAGUCAACAACUUUCCACCUCUGCCCAAGUUUUUGCGCAUUAAGCCGUGUUUCUACCAAAAUAUCGAUGAGGAAAUCCCCCAGCCUCACACCCAGAUUGUUCACAAAGUUUACAAGCUUUGGAUCUUGUACUCGAUUACACUCUGCGUUAACCUGGUGUCUUGCAUAGCCUGGGUGGCAGGGGGAGGAAGUGCAGUUAACUUUGGGCUUGGUCUCCUGUGGCUUGUCCUGUUCAGUCCCUGCAGUUAUGCCUGUUGGUUUAGGCCUGUUUACAAGGCAUUUAGGGCUGACAGUUCGUUUAACUUUAUGGCGUUCUUCUUCAUUUUCUUCCUUCAGUGUGUUCUUGCUCUCAUCCAGACUCUGGGAAUAAACAACUGGGGUGCAUGUGGCUGGAUAGCUACAGUGAUGUUUUUUAGCACUAAUGUUGGCUCUGCAGUGGUUAUGCUCUUCUCCGCUCUGCUCUUCACUGUAGAUACUGUGCUUAUGGGACUGGUUCUUAUCAAGAUUCACAGGCUAUACCGUGGUGGUGGAGGAAGCCUUCAGCAUGCGCAGGAAGAAUGGAGCACCGGGAUGUGGAAGAGUGCCCCCGUGAGAGAAGCUGGUAUUAAUGCCAUUGUAGAGACUGGCCCCAGUCUGCCUCAGUAUCCAGCUUCUGUGCCAAGCUACCCAGAAAACAGGCCGUGGUGAUAAUCCACCACAGACUCCAGAUGGAGCCAGAACGCUCCUUUCUCCUAGCAUUAUUCAUCUUGGUCAUCUCAUGCCUCUGUGAACAGCAUGACUGUGAAGCGUUGAUGCAUAAAAACCUCCACUGGACUAAAAUAACUUCACUGUAUAUUUGUCUACAAACUGCAUCUCAGAAGUGGUUAAAUUAUAAACAAUUACAUCCACUUACACCCUGAUAUGCUGAUCACACUAAAGUAGUGGCAGCUUGUCCAGAGCAUUUCACUCUAAAUGUGAAAAGUGUAAUAAUUUCAAUCACAAUACUGACAUUUAUUUUGCCAAAUGAUGCCUUACAUACCAGAAUACAAUCCACCGCCAUGAUUCCAUUUUUUUUCAGUGAUUUUAAGUUAUGUUCUUUUGAUUUGUCAGAAAAUGAAGUGUCUUGUUUAAACUUUUAAUUCACUGAAUGCAUUCAUGCAUUUUCCUACUUCCUCCACUUUUCUCUGUGCUGUUUAGAAUUUCCGCUUUUCCAUUUCUCUAUUAUAUCUUGCAUGUUUACAGAAUGUACUUUGAUCUAUUUAGCAUGUUAAUUUUUUUUUUUUUCUGGUUGCCAAAUAUUCUUCCGUUUUGUACGUGUAUACCCAUUUAGCCAAAUGUAUUUGAUCAUUGCAGUUCCUGCUAUUUGUAUAUAACUUCCCUUAUUUUUUUUAUUUUUUAUUUUUUUUUUCUCUCUUAAAACUUCAAUGCCCUGCUCAGAUAUCCAUUCUUUAGCUGGUAUUGCAGCUGCCAAAUAUUCUUGAUUUUGUAUUGUUCCUAUUAGGAGCAUUAUUUUUACAGAGUCUCCAUGUGAACCUAGGUUUGACAGAUUACAAGUGCAGAACUUUAUCUGUUAAUGAUUAACAUGAUUAAUACCAUUUAUUUAUGAUUUGGCACAAUUAUGAAUGUAUAAAAUGUCUUACAUUGGUUACUAACUUGUGCCAGUUUAAUAAAAACAUUCCUUUACAAUG